AGGCAUCCGGGCAGAAAUCGACCUCUCCACGCCGGUAAAGAGGCCAGCGCGCACCCGCAAACCGCGGGUCACGUGCGCGAACGGGGCCCGACCAUCGAGUCAGUCCUCCAGCAGCCUAGAGCGGCCUCGGAAGUGCCCCCCGCGGCGCGGGUCUUUCUGGACCGGCUGUCCGCGCUUUUGUCCCGCCGGCGGCCGGGCUCCCGCGGCGCCGUCACAGCCAGUACUGUCACAUUUGAAGACAAGCAUGGAGGAUGCGGAAUCAGCUAAAAAGAGUGAAAGUAAUUCAAAUGCAGAGUCUCAGUACACAAAUGUGAAAAUUCUUCACAAGGCUCAUAUGCAGAAAUUUCAGAUCGGUGACACUUGUGAUUGGGUAGAGAAGCAACUGGAAAGGCCUGAAUGGAAAAUAAUGAAGGAAAACAAAAGUAGCAUCAGAGAAAAGAUUGACAAAUCUAAGAACACAGAAAAUAUAAAAAUAGAACAGGAUGAUGAGGCAUCUGAAAAAAGUCUGUACCCAAGUGCAAAAACCAUAUACCAGAUUAUCCCUAUUGAACCAAAAAUUAGUGAACAAGGUGAGCACUUGGAGAACAUUAAUGGAAACAUACACCCUAGUCCACAGCAGAAUUCUACUGCUGUUGAGAAAUCACAUAAGUGUGAUGAAUGUGGAAAAUCCUUUAAAUACAAUUCUCGCCUUGUUCAACAUAAAAUUAUGCACACUGGAGAAAAGCGCUAUGAGUGUGAAGACUGCAGGGGAACGUUUCGUAGCAGCUCCAGCCUUCGGGUCCAUAAGCGCAUCCACACUGGGGAGAAGCCCUAUAAGUGUGAUGAGUGUGGGAAAGCCUACAUGUCCUACUCUAGCCUUAUAAACCACAAGAGCACCCACUCUGGGGAGAAGAACUGUAAGUGUGAUGAGUGUGGGAAGUCCUUCAACUACAGUUCCGUUCUGGACCAGCACAAAAGGAUCCACACUGGAGAGAAGCCCUAUGAGUGUGGGGAGUGUGGAAAGGCCUUCAGGAACAGUUCUGGUCUGAGAGUCCAUAAGAGGAUCCACACGGGGGAGAAGCCCUAUGAAUGUGACAUCUGUGGGAAAACCUUCAGUAAUAGUUCUGGCCUGAGGGUCCACAAAAGGAUCCACACAGGGGAGAAGCCCUAUGAAUGUGAUGAGUGUGGGAAAGCCUUCAUUACUUGCAGAACACUUCUAAAUCAUAAAAGCAUCCACUUUGGGGAUAAACCUUAUAAAUGUGAUGAGUGUGAGAAAUCUUUUAAUUAUAGCUCUCUCCUCAUUCAACAUAAAGUCAUCCACACUGGUGAGAAACCUUACGAAUGUGAUGAGUGUGGAAAGGCCUUCCGGAACAGUUCAGGCCUUAUAGUGCAUAAAAGAAUCCACACAGGAGAGAAACCUUACAAGUGUGACAUCUGUGGCAAAGCAUUCAGCUAUAGCUCAGGCCUUGCAGUCCAUAAAAGCAUUCAUCCUGGAAAGAAAGCCCAUGAGUGUAAGGAGUGUGGCAAAUCCUUCAGUUAUAACUCACUUCUCCUUCAGCAUAAAACCAUUCAUACCGGAGAGAGACCUUAUGUAUGUGAUGUGUGUGGCAAAACAUUCAGGAACAAUUCAGGCCUCAAAGUCCAUCGGAGGCUCCAUACUGGGGAAAAACCAUACAAGUGUGAUGUGUGCGGGAAGGCUUAUAUCUCACGCUCAAGCCUUAAAAAUCACAAAGGAAUCCACAUGGGGGAGAAGCCCUAUAAAUGUAGCUAUUGCGAGAAAUCUUUCAACUACAGCUCUGCUCUUGAACAGCAUAAAAGGAUUCAUACAAGGGAGAAACCCUUUAGGUGUGAUGAGUGUGGAAAAGCCUUCAGAAACAAUUCAGGCCUUAAAGUACAUAAACGAAUUCACACAGGGGAGAGACCUUAUAAAUGUGAAGAAUGUGGGAAAGCUUAUAUCUCACUCUCAAGCCUUAUAAAUCAUAAAAGUGUACACCCUGGGGAAAAGCCCUUUAAGUGUGACGAGUGUGAGAAAGCCUUUGUCACAUACCGAACCCUUUUAAACCACAAAAAGAUUCAUCUUGGAGAAAAGCCCUACAAAUGUGAUGUGUGUGAGAAGUCUUUUAACUACACCUCACUCCUUUCUCAGCACAAAAGAGUUCAUACUAGAGAGAAACCCUUUGAAUGUGACAGGUGUGAGAAGGUCUUCAGAAACAACUCAAGCCUUAAAGUUCAUAAAAGAAUACACACUGGGGAGAAGCCCUAUGAGUGUGAUGUGUGUGGAAAAGCCUACAUCUCACACUCAAGCCUUAUUAACCAUAAAAGUACGCACCCUGGCAAGACACCUUUUACAUGCGAUGAAUGCGGAAAAGCAUUUUUCUCCAGCAGAACUCUUAUAAGCCAUAAGAGAGUUCAUCUUGGGGAAAAACCGUUCAAGUGUGUUGAAUGUGGGAAAUCAUUUAGCUACAGCUCACUUCUUUCCCAACACAAGAGGAUCCACACAGGGGAAAAACCUUACGUAUGUGAUUGGUGUGGGAAGGCAUUCAGGAACAGCUCAGGCCUCACAGUGCAUAAAAGGAUCCAUACAGGUGAAAAGCCCUAUGGAUGUGAUGAAUGUGGAAAGGCGUACAUUUCACACUCAAGUCUUAUCAAUCAUAAAAGUGUCCACCGUGGAAAGCAGCCCUAUAUUUGUGAGUGUGGGAAAUCUUUCAAUUACAGAUCUGUCCUUGACCAACACAAAAGGAUCCACACUGGAAAGAAGCCAUACCGAUGUAAUGAUUGUGGGAAGGCAUUUAAUAUCAGAUCAAAUCUUACAAAACAUAAAAGAAUCCAUGCUGGAGAAGAAUCUUUAACUAUGUCACAUAUGGAAAGUCGUAGUGGCACAUUCCCGAAGAUAAUCUACUAUGAGGGAGGUCGUGCUCUGGAAGGGACCAGGAUGCGGAUGCCUAUGCCUAUAUGGGAGGCACAGCCUACCAAGUCUCAAAGAAAUCAAAUAGAAGAAAAACUUUAUGGAUGUAAGAAUUUCUGAAAUUCUUAUAAUUUUUAUAGUGUAAGUGAAAAAAUUAUAAAUGAUGAGCAAUUCUACAUGAUUCAGUUAUAGCAAGGGCAGUUCUAGUGUCAAAAUAGUUGAGCCCUUUAGGAAUAUAAAAUACCACUAGAUAUAAAACCUUUCAAAAUGAUGGAACAUUUAAUAAAAAUCCUCCCAAGUAGGCAUACAUUUCUGGACAUAAACAUGAAGGCAAAGGACUUCAGUUAGAAAUCAUAUUCACUAUUACAAAGAUGCUAUUUGGAUAAAUAAAUAAGAAUGUAGAAAGUCUGACAUAAUUUUGAACUUUAUACUUUGAUCAGUGGGGAAAAAAAAAUCCAAGGGCCACUAACAGGCAAAUUCAGGGAGAGACUAGCUUCAGGGAAUAUCAGUUUAUUAGUGGUCAUGAAUUAGAGACUUAAAAAUGGUUUGCGAUAGGGAAAUGACAACUUUUGAAACAAGAUGUUCUAGGAGAAGGAAUGGCAUAGUCAAAUCUGAAAUAGUCAUUAAAAUGCAGAAUUGUUAGAAUAUACUAUUAUAUUAGACUGAUAAGACUUUUAGAGUUUCAAGUGAGCUCCCUUAAUAAGUAAAAUAUAUGAUAAAUGAAAAGCUGGAAGGUGGCAUUCACACAUACUAAGAAUGGAAAGGAUUUCAGUAUCUUCCAUAAGUAAGGAAACGGAACACAUCUUCAACAUGAGUUUGCACCUUACAGAAAAAAUUCAGGGAAUCCUAUGAAAAAGAUAUUUCAAAGAAAGGCUAUUAUUACAAGAGCAAAGUAUGUAUCAGUAAUUAGGAAGAGGAAAUUCAUGUUUUUCAAUAUUGUUUGUUUCGAAAGUGUUGUAAAGAGUUCAUGUACUACAUGUGUAUAUUGUCUAUUGUAAAAUAUGAAUAUGUUCAGAACUCGCUUUGCCAUAAAAGGCAGAUAGUUAUGGUAAGGUAAGACAAAACCCCAAUAAAGGAAUGCCUCAAGUAUAAAGACUGAAUUAGAUGGAAUAAUAUAGAAAGCCAUUUGUGUGUCGUAGCUUUCCUUGUAAGUAGUACAGGACCUAAGCCAGAAAAGUUUCCGUCUCAUCUGUGAAGACUCAUCCACCAAGCUAAUUUCUGAGGUUUCACCAGAAGUUAGACCGUGCUUAUCUCAGGGAAAACAUGGUAUUUGAAGAGAGCAUGAAUAAGCAGUCUGAUCCUGAUAUUGAGGCUGGAUUGUAAUUUAUUAUAGUAGGUAGGCUCUAUGAGUGAUCUAACACUAUACAAUUCAUCAUGAACAGAAUUUAAUACAAAAUAUUAGUUAUUGUAGCAGGAUUAGGUAUCUCAACAGUAAAAGUAGACUUUUCCUGAGUUGAGCUCCAGUCAUAGUAUUUGGACAAAUUAUUAAUACCAGGUGAAGUCUCAAUUUGUUCUCAGACGUCAGAAUCUACAGUCAUUACAAAAGACAGUCUCCAGCCAGACCUAAAUUUCUCUAAGGAUUCCUUUCUCACAAAAUAAUCUCCAUGUCUCUCUCUGGGAGUACAACAGAGUACUUUGUCUCUGCCUCAAAAUCCCCACCAGUGGAUUUUGAAGUUAGGGUGAAGAAAGGGAAAAUACAUUGUUACCACUCGGUGCUUCGGUAUAAUGCCCAUAUUUGCAUUGUUUUCUGCAAGAGACUUUUGAGAAUCUGCUGGGUACAACACACUGUCCUGGUACUAAGUAGGGGAAAGUGGGAGCAGGAAUUAGUUAAGACUAUCAGCAAAUCACUCUGAUAGACAUACACAUACAUGCACACGUGCUGGGGCUAACUUAUAAACGUGUUCAGAGAAAAUUGACCAUAGCCAACAAGGAAGAAAGGUGUGCAUAUUGGGUUUUUUCCUGAGGAGUGAGAAAUAGAACAUCCUGAUUAAGAUAGCAGAACAAGUGUUCAGGAAUCCACCAGAAUGACUUCUGGGGCAGGUAGACCAGAUUAUCUACUCCCAGUAGCUGGUGAACAAAGGGGUUGGACUUCAUUUGCUAAAGAAAAGACCACUUUCCAUGUACCUCAUGGCCAAGUAGCCGGUGGCUUCAGUCCCACCCCUCACACUCCUACCCCCCGACGUGAACUCCAACUCGACAUAAGGUAUUUCCUAGUUUCAGGGAUGACACUGGUUAAGUAAAAAUGUUGAAGUUGGCCACCCCCUUUCAGGAGAGAUUGUGAAUUUUGUGGUGCUGUGGAUCAAACUAAGUACAUUUAUGCCUGCUAUACAUGGGUUUUACCACUGAGGUAUAUCCCUGGCUCUGGUCACCCUUAAAAAGUUUUGAUAUUUCCUCUUAAUUUUAUGUAUGUAUGGGGCUAUGUGCUUGUGAAUGUAUGUGUCUGAGCAAGCUGGAGGCAUCAGAUCCCACUGGAACUGGAGUUUGAAAUACUUGUAAGCUACCUGAUACGGAGGCUAGGGACCAAAUUUGGGUCCUCUUGGAGAGCAAUUCAAACCCUCAAGUACUGAAGCAUCUCUAGAAGCCUUUUAGAUUGGCAUCCUGAUUACCCCAAUGGACUGAAUGCUGGGGACAACUACUGCAGCCCCCAUCUAUUCAGAGGUGGGAAAUAAAAAGGCUAGUGGCCUCUUGACUUGGUCUUGGGUAUGAUAUCUAGGGCCAGAUAAAUGAUACUCAGAUGGACUCAGGUGUGAAUGGGUCUCCUGGUUGCUAGUCCCAUAGGGAUAUCAUGUUCCAGAUUCAAUGUGUUUCUUGUGGAUAAGCUUGUUUGUACCAGUCCAUGGAUGUGAGAUCCGUGAUCAUCCUUGCCUUUUCUAGUAAAUGAUAUGCAAGGAGAAAACAAAAAGCAAAAAUAUUGUCUUGUAAGUGAACCAAAAUAUAUUUUUAAAGUUUGAAAAGUUAAGAGAGAAUUGGCAUGGUUAAAAGUAAAUUGGAAUCUGGAAGACCAGAAGCCUAAAGUGCUAUAUCUAGGAACAGGUUCAAGAUGUUUAGAGUUUAUAAAGUUAAAUAUGUAUGGAAGGUGUCAUCGACAAGUGUUAACAGGAUAAAGUUUAAAAAUCUAUGAUGAAGGGCUGGAGAUAUGGCUCAGUGGUUAAGAGCACCGACUGUUCUUCCAGAGGACCCGGGUUCAAUUCCCAGCACCCACAUGGCAGCUCACAACUGUCUGAAGAUCCAGUUGUAGGGGAUCUGACACCUUCACACCAAUGCACAUAAAAUAAAAAAGUUAAAUAAACCACAAAAAAUAUAAAAAAAAAAUCUAUGAUGAAGAUCCUCAAUAUGAAAAAUGAACACUCAGUUUCUGGUAAAGAUGGGCUAAGCUAUUUGUGUCAAUUUUCCACUAAAAAUCACUUCCCAAAGGCCCAACCAUACAAUAUAUUGGUGAUUAAGUUUCCACAUAAAAAUACAGGAGUAGGGGGCAGUUAACGUGAAGAUACCUCGAGAGAGCACAGAAGCUCAAAAGACAGUGGGCAACCCAAGACAGAUAGGAUUCUGGGACUGGAGAGAUGGAUCAGCAGUUAGGGCUUACUACUCUUGAAGAGAACCCAUGCCAUGUUUGGUUCUCAGCACCCACUUGGGAGGCUUACAACCUUCUAUAACUCUAGCGUCAGGGAUUUUCAGUGCUUCUGGUCUUUUGUGCGUGCACAUGCACACACACUUGAAAAAUAAUAUAGCUUUAAAGUGGGAUCAUAUAGGUAAGAUAAAAUGGAGACUAUACUGUAGACUGUUGAUGCUCUCUGGAUGAGAGAAAAUCAGUGCCAACAAGGUUUCUAUUGCUGUGAAGAGACACCAUGACCACAGCAACUUAUAAAUGAAAAUAUUUAAUUGGGGUUGCUCGCUUACAGUUCAGAGGUUCGGUCCAUUAGUGUGGUGGGAUGUAGUGGUGUACAGGAAGACAUGGUGCUGGAGAAGAGACACUGAGCAGUAUCUUCAGCAUGUAUGACCUUAAAAGCCCAAUUCCAUGCUUCCUCCAACAAGACCAUACCCACUCCAACAAGGCCACACCACAUAAUAAAUAGUAUUACUCCCUUCGGGCACCAUUUUUCUUCAAACUACCACACAAUCCCAAAUAGUAAUGAAUGGGAGACCUUUGAAAAUCUA